GCAAGGUCGAAGGCCAGCCUUCGACAUUUCAGUGUGUUCGACAGAUCGAGAGAGAGAGAGAAGAGCAGAGGAGAAAGAAAGGAGCAGAGGAGGAGGAGAAGAAAGGGAGGGAAGAGGAAGACUAAGCUGCGACUGCGAUUUCCUGCCCAGUCUCCUACAGAAAACAGAGAAAACAAUGAAGCAAUCCAAGGAUCCUUUCGAAGUCGCAUUUGAGGAGCAAGAUGAAUCACCGCCUGAUUCCCCAGAUGAAUUGGAGACUGAAAAUCAGGCUGUGCAACUACCUGUUAAUGUUCAAGGAGAUGAUGAUGUCAACAAUAGUAUUCGUUCUGCAAAUCGUUUAACAUCCACAAUUGCUUCAAUUGCUGUCGGGACCACUGCCCCAGCCAACAAGACCAAAGAGGACGAUGACGAGGAGGAAGAAGAGAACAUGGAUGUUGAGCUUGAAAAGUUCCCAUCUAGUGGUGAUCCUGAUAAAACGGCCAAAAUGCAGUAA